AUGAAGUUUGGCAAACAAAUCCAAAGCCAACAAUUUACAGAAUGGAGUCCCUAUUAUUUGGAUUACAAAGGAUUAAAGAAAUUCAUCAGCUCACUACUUAACGCCCCUGCUGACAGUCUAAAAGCUUUAGGAUUGCCUCCUAUUGACGAUGAAGAAGACCGUUCAAAACUACUUCAGUCACAAAAGGCAGCUUUCUUUUUUAAACUUGAACGUGAACUCGAAAAGAUCAAUUCGUUUUAUCUUCAAAAAGAAAAUGAGUUAAAAGUGCGACUAAGGACGCUUAUUGAUAAAAAGAAAGUACUUCAAUCCGAUACCCGCCGACUAAAGCACGCUUCGACCUUAUUUAAAGCUAUUCAGGAAGCUUUUAUUCAGUUUGAACAAGAGUUGACCAAGAUUCAAAAAUAUGUCGAAUUAAACAAUGAAGGCUUUAGAAAGAUCUUGAAGAAAUGGGAUAAACGGUCAAAGUCAUCUACAAAAGAGCUCUAUCUUUCACGUCAGAUCGAUAUUCAACCAUGCUUUAACACACAAGUCCUAUGUGAGUUAUCCGACAUGGCAUCUGCAAACCGUAUUGAGCUAUCCAAUAUUCAGGAAGGCAUUCCGAUUAGCCCAGCAUCAUGGGGUCCACACGAGAUGAACAACACCAACGGUACGACAGGAACUAAUCUUGGUGGGGGAACAGGCGCAGUAGAUGAGAUGGAUGAUGUCGAACUUGAGCUUGUGAAGUCCGUAUCCGCAGGACAGGCUUCUGUCGUCCGAGAGAUCCUAGACCGUAUCACUCAAAAUCCAGCACCAGAAGACCGGGGCAGAAUAACACGUGUGUUCUGGCACGCCUGCUCAGAAGCGUCCAAGGAGAUUGUCGAUAUGCUUAUUAAUACACAAUUGGUCGAUUUCGAUUACGUAGAUGAUAUCAUCGAGCGAUCUUGUUUACAUGUCGUUGCCAUGAACGGUCGCUUGGAUCUAUUGGAGACCUGUAUUGAACACAGCGCCAAUGUAGAAGCAACAGAUGCCUACGGAAGAACAGCACUGCAUUAUGCUACCAUGAAUGGAUUUGCCGAGUGUGUCAAGUACUUGAUUAGCAAAAAUACCGAUAUUGAGCGUAGAGAUCAUGAUGGAUUCACUCCACUUAUCUAUGCCAUCAUGAACGGACAUACGACCUGUGUAGAGAUCCUGAUACAAGCCAACGCCAAUAUUGAGCCCAGACAUCCAGGAGACCAUAUCCCUCUAUCACUCGCCUGUCACUUUGGACAUACCGACAUUGCCCUGAUGCUCUAUAACCAAGGAGCAAAAAACCUGCCUAAUGCCGAAUCGCUUUACCCCUUACACCUUGCCGCUCGCCAGGGACAUGCUGAACUCUGCCGCGUACUCUCACAAAACUCACAGGAUAUUGACACGCCCGACAAGUAUAACUCGUGGACGCCUCUCUUCUGGGCUGCCAAUGAUGGACACGUCGAGUGUGUACGUAUCUUGAUCCAUGCCGGUUGUAAGGUGAAUGCCAAAGAUGAAAAUGGAAAGACAGCGCUUUACUAUGCCGCGUGGGAAGGUCAUAUGGACUGCGUUCAACUCUUGAUCGAUGCCGGUUGUGAAACAGAAACUCUCCAGGACGCAUUAUCGAAUGCCAACACGGCGUCUCCAGAAGCAGGUGAGGCUGAUGGAGAACUGGACGUUAUUCCUUCUUUAUCCUUGCCACCACCCAUCAUCCCCUUCCGUAUUUAUGGUCACAGUUAUUUGGAUAAGAAAUAUCAGGUUCAGAUCAGUUUCCGCCAACCACCCAUCCGCCUUUAUGACAACUCACAAGUUUCUUCUCUGCGUAUCAUCAUAUCGUCUAAACCCGAUACAGGCAUGAUUCCUCACAGCGUGAUCCUGCCAUUGGUGGAUGAUCGGGACGUGUCUAAUUUCCAAGUGGACAAACUUGAUGAUUUCUUGUUAGAGUUUGAUGUACUUGCAACAUUUGGUUCCAAGGUACUCGGGCGUGGCGUUGCCUUGCCUCAUUCGUUUUCGCGUGCUGAUUUCAAGAUCUCCGAGGGCCAUUGUACCAUCCCACUGCUUGAUGGACAUUUGAAAGUCAUUGGCGAGCUUUCAUAUGAUUACUCGGUGAUCAACCCUUUCAGAGGUGUUCAACUAGAGAUUGGUGGUAGAAUCGAAACCUAUUGGAAAUCGACAAAUACUGUGCUACCUUCAGAGCCUACUGCCGCCACCAUAACCGCGGCUCCUGCAUCAACCUCAUCAAACACCAAUGAUGCUACUACUACUGCUGCUGCGACUACCAAUACUACUGCCAAUGUGCCAUCGUUCAUUACCGCCUCUUCAUUAUCAGGAGACUAUGUGCUAGUCAUUGUACAGCUAACAAAAGAUCUGGUGCCUGUCGUCUAUGCCAACUGGAUGGUUCCCUUUGAAGGGCUUGAUCUGGCAGUUUCUGACUUGACUUUUAACCAGCUUAGUCACAUAGGUGAGCAACUGCUAAAGGACUAUCAACCCUCUAAUAGCGAUAUCUGCCCUGUUACUGGAAACAGUCUGAUCAUUCAAAAGCUUGGCGAUUAUCGACAGUUUUUGUCAUUAGAUCAAGUAUUGCAGAAACUUCCACUCAGUAUGGGAGUUCAUCUUGAACUAAAAUACCCUUCACCAAGCGAUCAGACACUCUACUCAUUUCCCAACAUUUGCGGACGAAACACAUUUGUUGAUACAAUUCUUCAAUCAAGCCGAAGCCUGUUCUUUUCAUCCUAUAAUCCUGCCAUUUGCAUGGUAGUCAACUGGAAACAACCCAACUAUGCUGUAUUCUUUGGUACAUAUUGCGGGCUCAAUGUGCACCGUGGCAUGAAACGUAAACAUGUAGAAGACGAUGCGGGUAUAAAGCAUGAUUCAAGUGAUAUUCGCUGUUCAUCGCUGAAGGAAGCUGUUAAGUUUGCAAAACAAAAUAAUCUCUUGGGUGUCAUCUGUAAUGCACAAACACUAGUACAAGUACCUUCUCUAAUAAAGACGGUCAAAGAAAGUGGAUUGAUUGUCGUCACAGCAGGAGAAGUUAAUUCUGAUGUUCAAUAUCGCCAAAUACAGGAAAGAUAUGGUGUAGACGCCAUGAUAAUUGAUCAAGUGGUUCAUUUUAAUAACUCAAUGGCUGGUGCCGGAUUUUAA